AUGGUGGCAAGCGCGAGGGCGCAGAAGCCCGUCGGCUCAGCGCCAUGGAUUGCAGCAGAGAAGGAAAACAUAGCCGAGCUAGUGGAGCAAGAAAUGGAAGAGGUGGAAUACCCUGUCCGACAUGAAAUGGACUGGUUAAAUGAACAUAUGACCGAGAUCUUCUCCAAGGGCCAGGCCAACUUCGCAGAUGUUUUCAAGACGCCCGGGAAGAUGAGAGGCAAGACGCCCCGAACCGCUCGCAAACGUAACCCGGAAGAGUCUCGAGUGCCCUUGAGCGAAAUCUUCUCAUCCGCCCAGAAACAACUAGAGAACCAAGCAAGCACGAGUCCAUUCAUCCAUCGUGUUGUUUCUAAACCCGCACCCGUUGAGGCGUCACAUGUGCCCCGCACCAAGAUCGUGAAGGAGGAAGCUUCGCAGCCCGAAUGUCCCGAUCUCACCCAAAAUCUGAACUCAUCCCCUAAACACAACUCUGACUCAGGCUAUCAUGGCAUGCCCGGAGACGAUGAAAUGGUACUGCCUGUCGUGCAACAAGAAUCUCAGGCUUCUACCCAGCCUUUCGAACAGGACGAGCCCAUGAAUCCUGAUAUACAAGAGGUCAAUUUUUUGGCUAGUCAGCAAACGAAUGAAGAAUCUUUCCACUCUGCGCGGGAAGAGAUCCGCGCCCGCGGAGAGACCGUCGAGCCGAACAAGGACCCAACUCCAACCCAAGAGCGAAAAGCGUGUCCGAUCGCAUCGGUUCCCAAAGAAUCUGAUACUGGAGUCAUUUCGACUCCGAUUAAGAAAAGAAAAUCGACGCUAGAUGCCAAAAUGUUGGAAAACCGACAGAAAAAGGAACCUGAGCCAAAGAAGAGUGUUCCGGCUGUCUCCAAACCUGAGCCAUCCCCAGAAAAGGCCCCAGUAUCCCCGGUAGCUGCACCUAUCCAGACGCAAGAAUCUCACCCAGAGGACGAGGAUAUGGAGAAUGUCACGAAAGACGACACAAUUCUGGACAAUCUUGAUGAAAUCGGCUCACCUUCGGAUGGUUCUACUCCAGAACGACCAUUCGCUCGGAAGAGCAGCUUAAGCUUUGCCACCCUUCCUGCGCGAGAACCUUUGAAAACUCGUACAAGUUAUGUUGACCUGGCGAAAAUGAGCACUGCUGGGCGUCCCAGUUACUUUGGCAGGCAGACUGGUGGCCAUAGGAUUCCGCAAGCUGCGGCAGAGGAUAGUUCCGGUUCCAGAGUGUUGGAAAUUGAACCUGAGAAAGAACCGAGUGAAGAAGCAGAUCCUGACGAGGCUACCAGGAUGCACAUCAAAAAGUCCACACAGUCAUUGCAUGAUAGAAUAAGCAUGCUAGGCAAACUUCAGCCAUCCCGACCCAGAAAAUCGAUUCCAUCCGCUUCUGGGCUAGUAGCUGGCCAGGUUUCCUACCCAGACCUUCCAGCUUCCAAAGCUGAGUCAAAAUCUGACGCAUCUAACGAAAGGGCACAUGAGGCUCCAGCUCCAGAGCCAAUGUCGGUGGAUGAUGACUGGAUCAGGCCUCUAAGCUCUCCCCAGAAACCAGAGCUUUUCAAGAGCAAAGGCACAACUGUUAAGGAGAAGCUUGCCGAAAUCGAAAAACCGCGAGCAAUCAAUAAGAUAGACACAUGGCAAACAGAGCCUGCAUAUCCUAAAUCUUCUACCUCAAUAUUCUCUUCGCCCCGACCGCACGGUCACCAACCAAGCAUUUCUCUGUCUCAUACUGCUGCUGAUGCUUCUACUACUCCAACAGGCUCACCAAGACGCUUCGAUGGUCACAUCAGUGCUUCAAAGCUGAAACUGCACUCGAUUAUGAAAUCUGCCAAGGGCUUAUUCUCAAGCACUGGCAGCACGCUACGGAUAGAACACUCGCCUGAGCAGGCGCGCAUUCAGCCAAGUGCUGACCCAUCAACAAAACUGGCCAAACAUCUAUCCCAACCAGUUCCUAUUAUCAGUCCUCAGCGUCCAGAAGGCCGCCGGACACGAAGCUCCACCGAGAAAGAAGAAAAACGGCGCCAGCAUCAACGGGAAGAGCAGGAGCGUGGGGAUCAAGAAGAAGAAGAAGAAGAAGAAGAAGAAGAAGAGCGUACUGAAAGAGCUCGGGAACAAGAAAAGCAAAGAGCCCUUAAGCUUAAAGCCGCUCAGGAAAAUUCCUCGGUCGAGCCAGAAGAAAGGUCAGGCUCAGCAGCACACAAGGCCCCCCACUCACAGCGUCAACAAUCCCGCGAACCUGAAUUGGCUCAGGAGUCUAACUCGAGAUUUGCCAUCCCUCAACCGAAGCAAAAUGACCGCCGUCCUCUCAAACCCACUCGCGAGCCCAUGAAACGCCCAACGCCUCAACCCAUGUCUAUUCGUGUUGGCAGCACCAUGUCUCGUCAACAAAUCCCUGUCCCAUCGUCUUCGAGUACUCAGGAAUUGGUUGCGUCCUCUGCUCCUACCUCGAAGCCAACUCUGAAAAAGAAGGGUAGCAAUACAUCCUUGCAUACAGCAUCUUCUGCAAGCAGCUUCAAGAGCUCUAUUUCCAGUCAAACACAAGCCCAGCGUAAGGCUCAAGUCGCCAGCGACCGCAAGAAGGAGCAAGAACGCGAGGCACGCCGGAAGGAAGAACAAAAGCGUGAGCUAGAACGCAAACGUGCUUCCCAGCAGCAACAACAGGAAGAGGCCCGUCGGCAGGAGAUGAGGAGUCGUGUUGAAGCUGAACGGGAGCGCCAGGCUGAAAGGGACCUUCAGGCUGAACGGGAGCGCCGCGACCGGUCGGCUCAGGAGGAUCCAAACAAAGCCGCCCGUAUGGAGGCAAUCAAGAAGCGACAAGCAGAGAAUGCUCGGAAGCAUGGGAGGCAAGGCAGCCAGCAGAUACUCAGUGAGGGGCCAAUCCUACAGCACGAGCAGUCAUAUUCUCAGUCUUCUCAGCGAAGUGAUUUGGGCGCUUCCCGCCCUGCUUCUCGCUUGGGUAGCUCUAUUCAGCCAUUCGGUGGCCGCAGCAUCAACCCACCAGCGCCUAACCCUGCCAAACCGCCGAAGAGGGCCAACGAUGAAGCCAACCACCGACCUGCGCCCUCUAAACCCAGCAACGUGCAAUCAACUGGCGAGUUUAAACGGCGAAAGACGGAGGAUGAGUACAACCCUUUGCCACCUGUGCGCACGAUGGCGCAGCCUAUCCGUCAAUCGAAUAUUAGAAAGCCUUCUACCCUUGGUCGCGGACAGUCUUCCAUUGCACCCCAGUCGACCUCUUCCAGUUACAGAAAUGCCCAACCUCAGCGACCCGCUCACCCGAUAGUCACGUACACGAACGGCAAGAUACCGUUUGCCGAGCCCAAUCAUGCACCUCCUCCACCAAGCACCCACAAGGCUGCGCCUAACUCCGCCCAGCGCCCACAAGCCAAGCCAUCUCCUAAGUACCCCAGUGGUGAGAAUAUUCACUUGCCGGAGAUCAACACUGAUAGUGAAGAUGAUGACGACUCCGACUCCGAGAUGUUCCCAGUACCCAAGUGGGCACAGGCGAAGGAGCUGGAGGGUCUUCUUCGGCAGCAGGAUGGUAUGGAAGUUGACUCGAUCUUCGGGCCAAUAGCGCCAUUCUCUCUCGAAGACACCUUCAAGGCAGAUAAGAAGGUCAAGAAAUACCGUGACCGCACCAGCAGUGCGAACUGGUCCGGGCCCGAUGGACUGACCCAAGAGGAGAUUCGGAAGGAUGUUGCCGAACGACAGCGGUUGCGGCUCAAUGGUGGCUGGAGCUUCAACAGCUAG